CGUAUAUAAAAGCGGCGCACGGCGGCUCGUGGAGCGCACAAGAGUUUGGUGCGUGGGCUUCGAGGCGGGAUGAGCGAGCAAAGCGGCGACGUCAUCAAGUUUGGACGCGAGUUUCUCCUCAAAGUACGCAUGAUCGAGGGCGGCAGGUGAAACUUUGGCAAGAAAAGUGCAGCCAAGCCGAGACUUUUCGCCGGCAUGGAGCUGAGGAGCGCGUGUCGGGUGCUCCUCUUCCCGGUUCAAGUGCUCUUCUACGUCGUGCGCUCCGCGGUGCGCUGGCUGGUGCCGAGCAGACGCAAGCAGCUGAGCGACGAUGUGGUCUUGAUCACGGGAGGGGGACGCGGCAUUGGACGCCACCUGGCCAAGGAGUUUGCCAAGCAGGGCGCCAGGAAGGUGAUCCUGUGGGGUCGCACGGAGAAGUGUCUAAAAGAGACGGCGGCAGAGAUCUGGCAGUCGGGAACCGAGUGCCACUACUUCCUUUGCGACGUGGCCAAUCGGGAAGAGGUUUACAAGCAAGCCAAGGUUGUUCGAGAGAAGGUUGGAGAUGUUACGAUAUUAGUGAACAACGCAGCUGUGGUCCACGGCAAAAGUCUGAUGGACAGCGACGACGAUGCCCUACUGAAAUCGCAACACAUCAACACCAUGGGACAGUUUUGGACCACAAAGGCCUUCCUGCCUCGGAUGCUGGAGCUUCAGCACGGUCACGUGGUCUGCAUCAAUUCCAUCCUGUCCCAGUCGCCUAUCCCCGGGGCCGUGGACUACUGCACCUCCAAGGCUUCGUCUCUGGCCUUCAUGGAGAGCUUGACGCUGGGCCUGCUGGACUGUCCGGGCGUUGGCUGCACCACAGUUCUUCCCUUCCACACCAACACGGAAAUGUUCCAGGGCAUGAGAGUCAGAUUCCCUCAGCUAUUUCCACCUCUGAGGCCGGAGACGGUUGCCCAAAAAACUGUGGAUGCGGUUCGAGCAGAUGUGGCUUUUCUCUACCUGCCUUGGACCAUGCAUGCGCUUGUCGUUCUCAAAAGCUUCAUGCCACAAGGCGCACUUGAAGAAAUCCACAAGUUUACGGGGAGCUAUACUUGCAUGAACACGUUCAAAGGACGGACAUGAGCUUGGAUGCGGGUGACCCCGCCGAUUCCGAGUUGAAAAAGUGAACUAUGGACCUCGUGGUACUUGGAGGUGGUGAAGACGUCAUCGCGGAGGGACCGUUGCUUCUGCAAGGUGGAAUAUACGUGAUGAAGGACUGACGUUAAGCUUUGUAAAUAAUGGACAGAGAUGGAAGUCUGUACCUGCGCCCCUUGUUUUAGUCAGAUCAUUUUUAACUCCUUGUUUUUAUUUGCAUUAAAUACAGAUAAUAAAAUGCAGUUCUAGA